UGUCUUCACUCUACUGGCAGGAACGAAUAUUCACCGGAAGUGAGGUGGCCUUACUGAAGAGCAAGCGAAAAAUAAACACGUAUCCCGUCAAGUGGCAACGACUGCAAGAGAUUGAGAACACGCAAAUUACUUAUAGAUGGCAAAAUAGAAACGGGACACGUUUACUGCAAGUCAAACAAAACUGAGGCCACAUCCGUACAGCUAAUCUAGCGGAUUUUUGCGGCAGUAGUACAAGAUGGUGCGAGCCGCUCUCGUAACAGCCACCAGUUUGGCUCUGACUGGUGCAGUUAUCGCCCAUGCCUACUUCCUCAAGCACCAGUUCUACCCUACUGUAGUAUACCUCACCAAAAGCAGUCCCAGUAUGGCAGUCUUAUACAUCCAGGCUUUCGUGUUGGUAUUCCUAUUGGGAAAAUUCAUGCGGAAGGUCUUUUUUGGCCAAUUGAGAGCUGCUGAAAUGGAGCACUUGAUCGAGCGCUCCUGGUAUGCCGUAACAGAGACCUGUUUAGCCUUCACUGUGUUCAGGGAUGAUUUUUCUCCUCGAUUUGUGGCCCUGUUCACUUUGCUGCUGUUUCUCAAGUGCUUCCACUGGCUGGCUGAAGACAGGGUGGACUAUAUGGAAAGAAGUCCGAAUAUCUCCUGGGUCUUCCACUUCAGAGUUCUCUCUCUAAUGGUGUUGCUGGGAGUGUUAGACUUUCUAUUUGUCAAUCAUGCGUGCCAUAGCAUUAUUACCAGAGGAGCAUCCGUCCAGCUAGUGUUUGGAUUUGAGUAUGCGAUACUGAUGACUAUGGUUCUUACCACCUUCAUCAAAUACACCUUGCAUACAAUCGAUCUCCAAAGUGAAAACCCGUGGGACAAUAAGGCUGUCUACAUGCUGUACACGGAGCUCUUUACAGGUUUCAUCAAGGUAAUUUUGUAUAUGGCAUUCAUGACCAUAAUGAUAAAAGUGCACACCUUUCCUCUGUUUGCCAUUCGACCCAUGUAUCUCGCGAUGAGGCAAUUCAAGAAGGCUGUAACAGACGCCAUCAUGUCUCGACGGGCCAUCCGUAACAUGAAUACUCUCUAUCCAGAUGCCACCCCUGAGGAUUUGCAGGCCACUGACAAUGUGUGCAUCAUCUGCCGUGAAGAGAUGGUGACCGGAGCCAAAAAACUUCCUUGCAACCACAUCUUUCACUCAAGUUGCCUUCGCUCAUGGUUCCAGAGACAGCAGACGUGUCCAACCUGUCGUAUGGAUGUUCUUCGAGCAUCCCAGCCAAAUCAGACUCCUGCCCCAGCUCCUGCACAAGCCCCUGCCCCUGCUGCCCCAGCUAAUGCACCUGUACCUCCACCUGUCAAUGUCGUACCAGGUCUGAUGCCUCAGUUUCCUCCGGGGUUGUUUCCCUUUUGGGGUCCUUUCCCCGGUGCGCCUCCACCUGCUGCCCCAGGUGCUCAAGCAAACGCAGACGCUCCACAGGCUGCUGCAGAUGGAGCGCAGACACAAAGAGCAGAAUCAGGAGCCGGCAGUUCUACCCAGCCAACUACAGCAGACAGUGCCCCCGCCUCUCCUGCAGCGAUGCCUGGAUUCCCAUUUUCAAUGCCACCACCUUUCCCAUCAGCUCCAUGGCUGCCGAUGCCUCCACCUCCACCCUUUAGUAUGUUGUCAUCCAUGCCACCUCCACCAUCAACUUUGUCCACCAUGUCAGAAGCUGAGCUCAGAGAAUUGGAGCAGGAGGGUCGACGAGGUUUGGAAGCCAGGUUGCAGUGCCUUCACAACAUUCAUACGUUGCUUGAUGCCGCCAUGCUCAACAUUCACCACUACCUCAGCACAGUGGCUACAUUGAGUCCUCCAAGAUCAGACGCCAACACUGGUGAAACGAGUGCGUCAGCCAAUGAGGAGUCCUCUCCCUCCACGGGCAACUCGGAAAUUCCCAAUCAGGAAGAUGAGAACCAAAGCACUGGAUCUGUAAAUGGAGCUACUGGAUUUACUCAACCAGACUCGACCACAGGAGCCAGCAAAGAAAGUAAGGAGGAGGAGGAAGAAGAGUGUGAGGAAGGCGGUGAGCCAAGCGCUGCUGAGUUGAGACGGCGUCGACUCCGCAAGCUGGAGACCACGCAGACCCCUGACCACUGAUGACGUGAUCCAUUAAACCAUGCAAUUGUGACUGACUUCAGAUAGUAGAAAUGCUUCUCACUGACUCCCCAAGGCACUUGGCAUGCUGAGAUGUCAGAUUAUUUAAGAAAAGUUUAUGCGAUUUUAAAUGUGAUUCUGUGACACAUCAAGACCCCUACUGCUGUGUGGAGGAUUUGUCACGUGAAUCAAAGAUACCCGGAGGCGUACGGAUUGAAAGGCUUGCAUAAUGAACGUCAAUGGUAUUUGCAUUUGGUCAGACUGACUUCAAUACUGAAUGUGAUUUUUGCUUUCAAGUGGCCAAUUUAAAGAAUGAGUAUUCAGUUGAUUUCUCAUGUGCCCUUAAAAUGUUAUCCCCCUUUUUUGUGUAUUUUUAUUAUUUCUAGCUCUUCGUGAUUGUUUUUUCACAGAUCUAAUUUGGUUAUGCGUAAUAGAUCACAAACCAAAAGUAAAUUAACUUGCUGUACAUAAUGUAUAAAGUGUUUUAUUAGGAGGAUCUGUACAUACUGCAAAAUAAACUGUAUGAGACUUA